UCUUGUGCUCAUCAUGAUGUACCACUGCGUUGGAGCUAUGCGGAGACGGACCUGAUUGCGUCCCAGUGCUGCCGCGUACAGUCCGGACGGUAAGUUAGUAUACUGCUUUCCUGCUUCGCCAAAUCUAGAUUCCUCCACUAGCAUUCAUCGUCUACCGCUCCUGCCAGACAGCAGAUCAAAGCCACCAUGGUCCUUCCGGACUCAUCACACGAUGCGAUCUCUAGCCAGCCAAGUACCAAGUGCGAUAUGACGAACAAGGUGGUACUACCCAAUUCUGGGUCCAUCGAUGACUUUCCCUUCUACAAGACAGAGACUCCCCACUUCGCCGAAGAGCGUGAGGGCUGGAAGGGCUAUGUCGAAUGGGAGAAGUAUCCCGAAAAACGGAAAGAAUGUGAACGCGUAAUGGCUCAGUACAAGUUCCCCUCACCUCCAGAAUUCCAACUCGCUCCUCUCCCCAACACCAACCCCAUACUGGAGGGCGUCCGCUGGAAGCAGUAUCACUAUGCCUGCGGCCCAACACUACAAGAUAUCCCCGCCAUCAGCUGGAAAUACGUCCAACAAGAGAAAAGUGCCGAUAUGCUUCAUAUUCUAGGCUUCCCCUACAACGGCGAACCGCCCCGCAAACGCCUGGUCGAAACAGAAAUCACAUCUAACAAAGAUUUCUUCGUCCGAAACCACGGAGGUAUCCCCGAAAUCGACAUCUCAGCCUACGACUUCGAAAUCGAAGGCCUCGUCAACAACCCCAAAAACCUCACCCUGGCCGACCUGCAAAACGAGAAGCUAUUCAAGAAACGAUCCCACGUUGUAGCGCUCCAAUGCUCCGGAACUCGCCGCAUCGAACAAAUCAACCAAUACCCGGGUGACGGCGACGAACUCAUCAACGCUCCCUGGGGCGAAGGUGCAAUCGGCAAUGCCCGCUGGGGCGGUGUCUACCUCAAAGACGUAAUCGACCACUGCGGCGGCCUCAAAAAAUCCAACAACGACGAUGAAGACGAAGCGAACGAUAUCCACCUCGAAUUCUUCGGAGCAGAUACCUAUUUCAAAAAGGGUAAAGUCUACAACUAUGUCGUCUCUGUCCCUUACCGGAAAGUCAAAUUCGACGAAGUCAUGUUGGCGUGGGAAAUGAACGGAGAACCACUUCCUCGCAUCCACGGAUAUCCAUUGCGGGCGGUUGUGUUUGGAUAUAUUGGUGCGAGAAGCUGUAAGUGGUUGUAUAAGAUCCGGGCCAUUAAGGGACCAAGUCAGGCGCCCGUGCAGAAGAAAGAGUAUCUUUACUACACGCCACAGCUGGGCAAGCAGAAUGUUUUGUACUCGAAUGGAUUCUCGAUCCAGGAUAUGCCGGUUUCGAGUGCAAUUAUGACGCCUGUGGAUAUGGAUCAGAUUGUGCAUGAUGGCAAGAUCAAGUUGACGGGCUGGGCGUACUCGGGUGGAACGGGGGGUCAUUGGCCAGAGAGAGUGGAGGUUAGUGCCGAUGGAGGCAGCGUGUGGUAUGAAGUGCCGUUUGAGAAUCUCAGUAAGAAGUUCUAUUACGGUAUGAGGACGUGGUGGAUCGAGAUGCCCGUGGAUGCGGAAGGUUGGCUGGAAUUCUGCUGCAGGACAUGGGACAACGCCUUGAAUACGCAGCCGACCUACGUGAGGAGUGCCUGGAACUUUGACCUCCACGUCACGUCUUCGUGCCAUCGUAUCAAGGUUUACUCCAUCAAUCGAUCACAUCCCUUGACUGCGAUGAGGUUGAAGCAACUCGAGGAGGUCGGCGCGCCAAUCUUACCCAUCACUCAGCCCCUGCCGUUUGAUCUGGAGAGCGAUGAGCACUAUGCUGCUGAGAUGGAGGCUAGGGACGGGAGGGAUCCGAGGGAGUAAAGAGCAGUCACGAGGUCGUUACGGCGACUGCGGCCGAGCAAACCUGGUCCUUGAUCAGUGACAG